UAUAAAAAGUAGUUGUAAAUUACUGUGAAACCAUCUAUCCAUUCAUUUAUAUUCGUACAUGUCAGUAAUUGUCUGUGAUAUUUGUAACGUGUUGGUUUACAAGACGGAACAGACUAAUGUAACGAGAUUAAAGUUUAAGAAUUGAGGAAGGAUAUACCCUGUUGACAUUAUCUCUCAUUAUUGUUGAUAUCACUAUACAUCGGUGAUUGUUUCUACGUACAGUGUGUGACAUAUUGGAUUUAUUUCUUUUUUUUUGUUUACAAAUGGAUAUAAAAGAGUAAACGUCCAUUUUCAGAAUGAUCAGAUGUUUACCAGAUGAUGGUAUCCCAGCCAUUGCCUAUGGACACAGCCGACAAAUGGAUGGCAACUGUUUGCCUGGAGACAUCAAAUUAAAUGCCCAUCUACGUAUACAGCCCCAUCUACAGAAUGGGCCAAACACAGGGGCCCAGACCAUGUACUGCAGUGUGCCCCAUAACUUUGAACACUACAUGCGACAAACGCCAUUACCCGACAGUCCACCAGAUUCUGGAAGUGAGCCAUAUUCUCCACAUGAUGGACAAAAUCUUCCUCAUAUAGAUCCUAAACACGGACAUGGACAUGUUAAUGGAAUGACUUCAUUACAGCAACCCCCACCAAUGUAUCCUCAGAAUCAUGGUGGUAUGAACAUGCCAUUAAAACUGCCAACAUCAUCAUAUAUGAACGAACCACCAAAAUUAAAUCACCUACCACAGCAACAGUUACCACCGACAACCAUGCACCAGGUGUCACCACCAAUCAAUCAUCCGGUUUUACCAAAUCAUUACGGUGUCGGUCCAAUGAAUAUGAACAAUCCUACUCACAAAAAGAGAAAAUACUCGGAAUCACCCAACAGUACAAUAAACAGUAAUAUGAUGAACAAUAUGAAUGGAUUACUUAGUAUUAAACAGGAACCACCGGGUGCCAACUUUCCUGGGAAUUAUGCUGGAUUGCCUGAUUGUACAGAGGAUGAUUAUAGUUAUGAUAUGGAUGCUAGUGGAAGUUUUAUGGACAGUUCUUAUCAGGUUAUUAAAUGGCAGCUGUAUCAGACAUCUAAAUGGGCAAUACUUACAGACUCCGAACUCAAAGAUUUACCCCAGAUAACAUUCCGUGUUGACGCUGAUAAAGGCUUUAACUACUCUACUUCCGAUGAAUCAUUUGUGUGUCAGAAAAAGAAUCAUUUCCAGGUCACAGUUCACAUGGGUAUGCACGGACAUGCUAAAUAUGUCCGUACCCCAGAAGGCGUUAAAAAGAUCGACAACUUCUGUUUACAUUUUAAAGGCAUUAAGAUGGAAUCACCAACACAAAGUAUCAAAGUAGAACAAUCUCAAUCAGAUAGAAGUAAAAAGGCCUUCAACCCAAUAAGAGUUGAUUUAACACCAGAACAGGUUACCAAGGUGACGGUUGGUCGCCUUCAUUUCUCAGAAACCACGUCGAACAACAUGAGGAAAAAGGGUAAACCUAAUCCUGACCAAAGAUAUUUUAUGUUAGUUGUCUCUCUACAUGCCCACUGUGCGGAUUCUAAUCAUAUGAUAGCAGCUAGUAAUUGUGAGAGAAUUAUUGUCAGGGCAUCCAACCCAGGUCAGUUUGAUAGUGAUGUAGAUGUAUUAUGGCAAAAAGGACACACCCAGGAAUCAGCUUACCAUGUAGGUAAAGUAGGUGUCAAUACAGAUCACCCCGAAGAAGCUUUAACUGUCCAUGGAAACAUUCGUCUUACUGGUCAUCUCAUGCAACCAUCAGAUGUGAGAGCUAAAGAAAACUUUAAAGAAGUGAAUUCUAAAGAACAGAAAGAAAAUGUGGAGAAGAUUAUGAUCUAUAAGUAUAAUUAUAGUGAAGAUUUUGCUGAAACUGCUAACCUACCACCGAACUUUCGGGAAGAUACAGGUGUCAUCGCCCAAGAGAUCAGAGAAAUUCUACCGGACGCUGUUCAAGAAACAGGGGACGUUACUCUACCCAAUGGAUUAACCAUUGACAACUUCCUAGUCGUAGACAAGGAUCGUAUAUUUAUGGAAAAUGUGGGAGCUGUGAAAGAAUUGUGUAAAUUAACAGACAACCUUGAGAUUCGUAUUGAUGAACUGGAAACUAUGAACACUAAAUUACUCAAAUUGAAACGUUAUGAUAGUUUGAAAUCAACGGCAAGUUUUAAAUCUUGCUCUAGUAUUAGUACUGUUAGUUCUUCACAGCCACAGCAACCAACGAAGAAGAGCUCAAAUCAAUCGUCAACUACAUCAUCACCGUCAUCCAACACUCGUCACCAUCAUCGUCAUCACUCAAAGAGUAAACGAAGUUGUUCCCGUCAUCAACCACCCGUACAAUCCAAUAUGUGCAGCAAUCGUUUUAUACAGAUUACUAUUAUUAUACUCAUUCUUAUAAUGGCCUUUUGUCUCGUAGCAAUAACAACCUUAUAUAUCAUAGAACGUCACAAGACUCCUAGUUCUGGAACAGCCAGUCUACAAUCACAGUAUCAUCAUACAUUUUUACCGGGUCCGACGUUACCGACCACAGCCAAGACUAGACAGUUUAUUCCUACGGUACAAGAAUCGAAAUCAACUCCAUCACACGAUAAACCCACUUCAGGAACUCCAGUAGUGCCUACCACAAAACGACCAAGACCUAUUAUACCGGCUUACCCAACAUGUGGUGGUGAAUGUGAGCAGUUGUGCUGUCCUUCUCCGGUUGCUGACGAUCAGCCAAUUAAUGGUGAAGACAAUUAUUCUGACCAGGGAGAAAGGGGUGGCGAAAUACAUGAGCCACCAGCAGGACGUAAGACAGUAGUUAUUGACCUACCAAAUGAUGCACGUGAACCGAAGGUCAUUAAUAAUAAUGAUAGCCAAAAUCCACCUUAUCACGUGAUCAACAACAAUCUUAACAUAGUGCGAUAUAGAGUUAAGCGUAGUACAGAUACAACGGCUGUCACGAUUAAAAUUAAGGAGUUGAAUUUUACCAUUGGGGAUGACUAUUGUUCUCCAGGUUCCUGUUCCAGUCAUAAUUAUACUUAUUUAGCAAGUCUCAGUCCAUACUUUGGCUACGGUACUGUUACACUACAAUUCACAUUGACGUCCCAGGCUCAAGUUAUGAUGUGUACUAACUAUACUAAAGGGGCGUGUCCCACUACUCAAGAACAAAUAUCUUCACCAUCUCAACAAUCACAAUUUGGACAAACCUUAGAAUGGCCGGUUUCUAUUGGACAGAAUUUCAUAACAAGAUUCAAAUUCAGAAUUUCUCAGGACAACAAUCAUCAACUUUGUGUAUUACCGAAUACAGAUGCUAGUGCCUCCACCUAUGUAGAAUAUAAUAUCCACUUCACAAGAACCUGUAGCCGACCAGAAGAAGAGAAAUAAACGUUCAUAUUUAGCAGUUGGUAGCAACCAUAUUAUUUAACUGCUAGAUUUAUUGUGUUUUAAUCAAGGAGGAAGUCUUAGAGUCCGACUUAUAUACUGAUUAAAGGUUAGACAUAGGAUAUAGUGAAGAAACGUUGAUAUUCUUCCGUACACCUGUGUAUGGAUGGCGUCGUUAUUAUUUCGUUUAUUGAUACAUCGUUUACUGUAUUUCAAAAACAUAUACUCGAAUGACUCUGUUAUUUACCAUGUUAUGAAGGUAUUUUAGUGGUAUUUAUGUACGCAGCGAGAUAUGUCUCUACCUUCAGUGUCGUAUUAAACUAAGAUGCACUGUAGAGCUAAGAAUUAAUAUUGUUACUUAUUGGUAUAUUUUUGAUGUUAUGUUUAAUAUCAUUUGUAAUUGAAAUACGUGGACAGUGCGCUUUUUAGUGUCAAAUUGUAAACUGGAAAUUCAUUUUAAUAACCAACAACAUUCCCCGUGACUUUAAUGAGCUUUUGUUUUCAUAUUUUGUAUAUAUACAUGAAACGAUGAUAAAAUAUAACAUCCUAUACAAAUUUUUAACAUUUUAAAGGCUGUAUAUUUUCGUAUAAAAAUAAUUUUUGCUAAAGCAAACUUUAUCUAAUGAAAUAUUUUUAUUAAUUAUAUUAUGUAUAUAUUUUGUAAAUAUAACUAUACAUAGAGUCUACUGAUGUGGAUAAAAUGAACAAAAUGAUUAGGUCUUAUUCCUGAUGAGUUCAGCUUUAAAUCUAUAUGCAUAUUCCUUUAAAAAGUAUAAAGAUUUUUACAUACUUUUACUAGUAUCUGAAAAUGAGUUUAAAACUGUUUAAAUUCAGACAAUCUAUAAUGUUUAUUAAUUUUAACACUUAAUAAUUAAUUUCUUAAAUUUCUCCCUUAAAUGUUUUACAAAUUAGCUCGAAACUUAAAUGCAACCCUGGUGAAUUAGCCACGCCGAAAUUUUAAAGUUAAAAUAUUUACUUUUAUUUGUAUUUAUUUAUAAUUAUUAGUAUUGAAAACUAAUUAUACCGUAUUAAUUACCUCUUAAUUAAGAAUCUCAAUCUUCAAAUAGCAGACUGUAAAAAUCGCGAAACAUGAAAUUAUUAUGAUUGUUAUCAAGUUUAUUUUACUUUAAUGCGAAUGCAAUAUUGACUUAUUGUUCAAUAAUAGAAGAUAAAUAUUUUGUUAAAUGUACAGGAAGGCUGCUUAAAAUAUCAAACAAAUUUGAAAUCUAACAUUUCUUAAUAUAGAAUGGUGGGGGAGAUGAAAUUUAAUAAUCAAUAUUAUAUCUCGAAGAUUUGCCCCACGCCUAUGUCACUUAACAAGACAAUAGUGUGGAACUAAUUUUAGGCUUGACACAUGUACUCGGCGCUGCUAUAUGGGGUGUAAUGUGGGCCCUGAAAUUUCACAUAUUGAAAUAAGAUCUCAUCCAUGGGUUUAUGAAACAAAGUUAGAACACAUUCCUUGUUAAUUUAAAUGGCCGAAAACGAUCCAAAUAUUAUUUGUAUAUAUCCUGUACAUAUAUUUUCAAUUUAACUCAUUAAAUAUAUAUAAGAAAGUAUUUUAUCAUAUUUUUUGAAAUUAUUGUAUUAUGUUUUACACCGUGUAAUGCUUUAUUGUAUGUAGUGCUUCAAUGAAACAUAAAUAAUAUAUGUACAUUCCUUAUAUAUCCAGUAUCUCAAUAACCGACCGAGUCUGUGGCCGGUUUUGUUGGGUUUUCUUUUUUAUUACAAUAUUUAACGUUUAUUUCAACACCCUUAUUCAAAAGAUUAGCAGUUCACCUAAUUAUGGAUAUUAAAAGUGGUAAUAUAUCUUCUAGGAGACGCCAUUAAAAUGAGUUGACAAUUCGCUUAUAAGAAGGGUGCUCCGUUUAAUUAUCCGAGGUUCACGCAAGUUGGUUCUAAAACACGACGGGAAGUAACCGAUAAAGGUCACCACAAAACAAUAGAAAUUCAGUUAAAAGUUGAAACUUGGUUCAUUUACCGAUACACAGUUUGCUGUCUAUCUGUUUCCCUUAUUGUUUCAUUAUAUCAACCAAAGAUUUAUUGUCGUUGUCGUACUUUGUGUCAAAUCGAAUGCUCUUUUUAUUGAGAUUUUCUUGUGAUUUAAAAAAAAAAGAAAAUGUUCUGGAUUAAGCAAAAUGUAUUUUUGUUUUCUAAUGUUUUAUUUAUAGAGCCUGUUUGAGAUUUAUUAACUGAACAAAUUCAUCAUCUACACGAGAUUUGAUGCAUCUUUGCUUUUGUUUAGAUAUUCUACACCAUUCUGGAAAUUUGUUUUGACGUUUGUUAUCUUGUUUUGUUAGUAGUAUAGAAUUGUCACGUAACAGGUUUUGUUUUCGUCUCAAAGAAUAUCAUAAUAUAGCUCAGAGGUUAACAUAUUAUUUAAAGAUCGAAUAGAAAUUAAAUCGUUAUUUGUCUUGAUAAAUUAUCAGCCCAAGCAGCUCAGAAAUUAAUGCAUCCAAAAUAUCAAUAUAUCGAUAAAAAAGGAGCGGAUGAACCCUAAUUGUAAUGUCUAUAAAGAUAGCGCUAUACAUACUACACAUAUUAGAAAUAACAUUAUUUAUGAUGACAAAAUGAAAUAUAUCCUUUUUAUUAUAUUUGAAUUUGUGUACAUAUCCUGCAACAUUCCAGAACUCAUCUUAAAAUAUUUGUUGAGACCUUCAUUUUAAUAAAAAUCGAGAUUAUAAGAAA